AUGGUACGAAACAGCAGCGAACUCGAGGGCGACGAGGGCUUCCGAGUCCGCCAGUCUACCAGCCCGCCCAUUAUGGAAUGGAGAGACCAGAAUUUCAGGGACAUAAGGGAAGAAAUACACAGUGCUAUGCAUCAAGGGAAUGACGAGAAUUCGAAAUUUGUUACGAAACAUCAACUUUACGAGAUAUGGACACUAGCACGUCUAGAAUCGUUUUGCCGGAUGAUCGAACCAUUCAUCAGCGAGACACAAAUCGCAAUCACCAUCGCUCGCCUACGGACAGACUUGUUGAGAACAUUGUCAAUACUCGUUAGUAUUGUUUGGGACGGAUGGCAGCGAUUUCCUCAGAUUUUCUUCGAUAGUCGAUACUCGAAAGCUGGCGAACGUGUCGAUCGGAUAAUCAAAAUCUGCGACGAGGAGAUUCUGCGACAAAACGACUAUCUUGGUAGUCAGUUUUGGGCUCGGGAGUUUAUAGGUCGACGGAAUGCCUUUUUUCCUAUCACAAUCAAGCACCGAAGAAUUAAGGAUUAUCCAAGCGGUCGACGAUUGCCUUUUAUUCUGCCACGAAACGAAGUCGAAGUGCUAGGGUCUGGUGCUUCUGGCACGGUGACUAGGGAAAAACUUGCGCUCCUUCAAUACAAGCUUGAUGGAACUGCUCAACCGAUUGUCAAGCCCGUUGCGCGGAAAGUUUUCAUCGGCGGCGGAAGAAACUUCAAAAAGGAGAAAGAAAACCUUCUCUUAUUACAAAACGCUCUUUUGAGCCACGAAAGAAUAGUACCAUUCUUGUCAAUCGUCUCAAUUGGAGUCGAAUACAACAUAUUUUCCGAACUAGGGGUGAUGAAUCUGGGCGAGUUUUUGGGUGGUGAAUGGUAUCAGUUCCAAACGGAUCCACCUAGCGCGGAACACCUAUUCAACGAGUUCACUGGUAUUGCGGACGCCUUGAGAAGUUUACACGAAGUCAUGUGGAUACCCAAGAGCGACAAUUCGGAGGCUAGUAUAAAAGAGUUAAGAGGACGAAUCCUAUGCUGUCACAUGGAUCUGAAGCCGGAGAAUAUCUUGAUUUAUCGGCAUCCAGACCAUCCUCUCGGAGUAUGGAAAAUUUCCGACUUCGGUAUAUCGCGGAUUAAAGAACUUGGAAAUGAUCAAGAAAACCAAGUACAAACGCAUAUUACUCCGGACGGCUACUUGGGGAUCCCAAAGCUAGGGAAUUUAAGAAAGAGCCCAAGAAACCUCACAGCGCAUACUCACGCAGCAAGAAAUUCGGGCUCUUGGACCGCUCCAGAAUUUCACUCUUCUCCGCUUGAUGUUGGCCGUAAGAGUGAUGUGUGGCCCCUUGGAUGUAUACUGGUGCUACUCUGCGCUUUAUCGAUUAGCCCACUAGAGUUAAGUGGUUUGGAGUCGGAUCUCGAUAAGUUGUGGAAGACGAGUGACUAUGACGUACAAAAUGGCGAUCGGUUCUAUAGAAUUGGCCAGCGGGGAGAUGUUAUCCUAAAUCCAUGGGUCAAAACUUGGACGCAGAAUUUAUCACACCACACAAGCGGCGCUACUUACCUGAAAAACUGCCAAAAGCUCAUUUUGUCGGCUCUUGAAAUCGACCCAGUGCGACGAAUUUCCAGUACUCAACUUCAUAAUGGCUUGGACCAGAUCUUUGAGGCUUCAGGGAGAGUAGACCCUCCUAUGGAGGAUAAUUCGAAGAGCAGCCACUUAGAUGUUACUCCACCAGUUGUCAAACCAUCAAGCACUGAGACUAACAAGCCUCCAACCGUGAAACAUGACGGCUCAGAGGAGUCUACAAGUCUCUCUAUUCCAGUCAUCAAUGAGCCGGCAAUUUCAUGCUCUGAAACGUGGAACACAAAUCGACAGCUCGACCCCAAAGGAAAGAUGAGAGCAGUUUCUUCUCCUUUGGAACAACAAUAUCCGCACCAACCAAGCCCACCUGGGGCUCUUUCUAGUGAAAAAGAUUCAACCAAAGAGCCUCAUGAAAGCCACUCAGCUAUAGCAUGCUCUCGAUCGUCGGCUGGAACGUCUGCAGAUUCUCCUGGUUCAAGAAGAUCAAUCAGAUCUACCGAACACGUCGUCGAUAGUGUUAAUGAUUUAGUUCAGGCUUCACAAUCCCAUUUUGAAAUUCGUAAAACACAUCCAGGUACAAUCAAACAUACACGAACUCUCAAUAGCGGCAAAAGUAAGAGGUUCUUCCUCGAAGACGACGAGAGUACGACAAGUCUGCCUGCCAGUCGACAAGAUGUUAAGCGGGCUGGCAAAGCACAAACUCCUAUAGGAGUUCCACCAGAACGCGUUUUGACCGAGCCAAACAAAAGAACACAACCUAGACUCACUCCUCACAAGACAAGUAACUCAAGCCCGCCAGUUCUGUCAAAUAUGGUUCCGUCAGCAACUCCUUUUCACUCUACAAUCACACCAAUGCGGUCACAGAGAGCCUCUCUAUCAAGGGUCAACUCUAUGCAUUCCUACCACGGGUCACUUCAUUCUGCAUGGAACGGAUCCAGCAUCACAGAUGGCUCUUCGAGACUUAACGAUACCGGUAUCUCUUUCCGAGUACCGCUGGAGCUAGGACGAAUUUCAGACGUAUUGAAGUGUGUCAUUCCCUCCAACAAUGAGUACGCAGUUUUUUUAUCGCUUAAAAUCAUGGUUGUCUGUCCACUCUACGACGAUGAGCAUCAGGGACUUCCAAUCGAGUUGCCAGAAGGAUGGAGUUCCUGGGUCUCUGUAUCUGCUGCUGGUAGCCAUAUACUCGCAAGAGGCCGCUUGAGUUCUACUCACAAGACAGCUUUCAAGUCUUUUGAGGUUCAAAGCCUUAGCGAAAGAAGGAUCACUGUCAUUGAUGGAGCCACACUACAGGGAACCCAUUAUGAAGAUGGAGUCAUCUCUCCGGACGGGUAUAUAUUAUACCAAGAUCAGAGUUCUAUUAUUCUUACUCGAUUAGGAGGAAAUCCGAGAACACUUGAAAUGGUCCCAGGAUGCAUAGUCAAACGAACUUGGUUCAAUGCUCAAGGAUCAUGGGCGUUCGCUUGGUUUGUUGUCAAUGGUCGUGAACAUUCCAUUAAGACAUGGAACGUCUCGAAUCCUGAAAUAUAUUAUGUCUUUCAUCACCCCUUGUCAGCCCAAUGGAGGACGGAAUAA